GGGAAUCACAAUAAUUCAGUGAUGCAGCUAGCGAACAACACGUCGACUUCAUUUGUCCCUGGUAGCGAAGGCCAACCACCAGUUAACGCCACUGUUCUAAUCCCGCUUUCAAUAACAUGGGCUGUACUGGGUUUUAUAUCCACUAUACUCAACAUCGUCGUCUGCUUGAUAGUCAUGGUCGAGAAGCGACUGUGGACGAUUACCAACGCAUUCGUCGUGUCGCUCUCGGUGGCCGAUCUUCUCGUUGCGGCUGCCCUCAUCCCAAUCUACAUUUACGAGAACUUUUCGCAAUCGCAUGUGCCAAUCACUGGAUAUCUGAUCGCCUUUCUUCUCUUGGCGUCGAUCUUUAACAUUGGCGCUGUCACAUACGAGAGAUAUGUUGCCUUAACGAGACCGCUCGGUUACCGCAUCACCAUGAACUCCACCAGAGUAGCGGUGAUUAUUUCUCUAUGUUGGGCUGUACCGUUUUGCAUCUCGAUACUUCCACUGGCUUGGAACGCGGAUCCAACGACGAAAUAUCACAGAGUUUACAUGUUCAUUACCGUGUUUGGUUUCGUCCUGCUUCCCUGUUUGGCCAUGAUUUGGAUUUACGUGCGAUUACUUCGUGUGGUCCGUCGCUUCAUUUUGCGAAACCGCAGGCGUUCAACUUGGGGGAACAGGACCGGGGAACGCGCGGGCAAUGAAGACAAGGCAGUCGUCGUAUUUGCCAUGAUAUUCGGGAUGUUUCUUCUCUCUUGGAUGCCACUCAUUUAUAUCAACAUUUGCGAAAUAUUUGACCAGCUUGAGCUCAUCACAGCGCCGGUGCUUUACGCCUCUUUUUACACAUUGCUUUUCAAUACCAUUAUGGAUCCGCUGAUUUACGCGUUUCUGAAAAAAGACUUCAGCGAGGCUUUUAAGAGAAGAUGGAAGAAGACGAGCAACAGCAAUGAUCCCAAAGGAGAAACGUUAGUUGAAAUAACCACGUGAUUAAGUUCCAAAUCAACAGAGCAUCUCGGCAUAAUUAAGAUGCAUUUUGUCUGAGGAACUCUCGCUCAAACAGCAAUGUGACAUUUACCACAAUCGGCAUUGCUUCUGCCAUGCAUAAGCUGAACUUUAAGUUUCUUUUUCUUUUGCACUAGGGACACUAAAAAAUACAUUAGCCAUGAAACUUGUUCGUAGAUAUUUCAGUGAAAUAGUUAAGGCGUUGAUGUAUUUUUUCUUGGAAAAUAAGGUAAAUUAAAUUAAAAAGGCACUGAAGCGGAGAAACUGAUUAAGUUUGAUUUUAACUGUCCUAGUUGAUUUUUGAUUCCAAGCUUACGGAACUUACUUUAAAUUACAUAGUUAUAUUAAAGAGACAUCAAUGAUCAAGUUCACUAAAGGAAGUAAAAAUAUGUUGUAAGUCGAACUGCCAAGGUUCGCUUUUUAUAAUGCAUGGAUGUGCCAACGAAACUAUCUUCUUUAGAUAACGUCUCUUAAUCUUAAUUUCUUUUCGAUCAAAAAAAUAAUGAUUUCG